AACACAUGGUCAAACUUUCUGAAGUCCUCAACUACGGUGUCCCUGAUAAUCAUAUCAUGACUUAGAAACGUAACACCCGGCCUAUUAUUCUACUUUCACAUGGUAUCUCUUCUGCAUGCAAUAUUUGUCAUGUUAUUUGGCCUUGCUAGCUUGCACACCCUUGUCUAUUCAGUCAGACCUAGGAUGCAAUUGUAAUGAGGGUGCGAUACGGUUGCCUUUUCUGCAUGCUCUGCUUUUUUAUUACAGAAAAAAAGCUUGUGCUUUGCGAGUGCUGCAGCCACACACCGACAUCAUUAAAAAAAGCUGCACCUUUGCCACUACCGUGCACUGCUACCGUGCAACCACCAUGUACCGCCGCCGUCCGGCCACCAGAAACUGCAGCCGUGCGGCCUCCACAUACUUCCACCGUGCAGCCGCCACGCACCGCCACUAUGACCAGGGGCAGCAGUGAAGUUUUUGAUCACCAACGAGUGGUCUUGGCAAGUGUGAGGGAGAACAAUGAACAGCUGCCAGGGCAAAUUAUCAAUUAUGUGCCCACUGACGGAGAGGUGCAAAUGGGCAGAGGAAUCGCCAUAUUCGAGGGCGUUUAUAGCCGUCUCAUGAGCACGAAAAGUAAAACUCGGUUUUUGCGUGAGGCGGCUGUGGCCAUUUUUUCAACGGCAGGCCUAGUCGGCUCCUCCGUCACUGGUGCAGCCUCCAAUCUUACUAAAGGAGAGGUGAAACCUACCUUGGACAAGGAAAAGUACACUGUGCUUUCUGGUAGGUAAAGUUUUCCAGUUUGCCCAAAAUUUAUGAAAGUGAUUGGCUGCAUGCUUGUGCAUGUCAGUAAAUUAUUUCGAGGCUCCACGUGUUGUAACUACUAAGGCUUCAAGCCUCGUAUUUUUGCCUAUUGGAGUUGGGUGCUUUUAUGCAAAAAUCAAUAAAAUUAAAAUAU